AACUCACUUGCAACUAUCACAGAGUAACCCACACAACAACCAAAAGAGGCUAACGUUCAUCGAUCGAGAGUUCGCGAUUAUGAAGACUACAAAGCCACAUGCCGUCUUGUUGGCUAGCCCGGGGAUGGGCCACGUCAUCCCGGCGAUCGAGCUCGGAAAACGUUUAGCUGGAUCUCACGGCUUCCACGUCACUUUAUUCGUCCUUGAAGCCGACGCAGCCUCUGUUCAGUCUCAAUUCCUAAACUCACCAGGCAGUGAUGCGACCUUUCUUGAUGUCAUCAGCCUCCCAACUCCGGAUAUCUCCGGUUUAGUCGACCCAUCAGCCGUUUUUGGGAUCAAGAUCUUGGUCAUGGUACGUGAGACCAUUCCCACCCUUCGAUCAAGGAUCGCUGAGAUGGAGUACAAACCAACGGCUCUGAUCGUAGACUUCUUUGGCCUGGACGCCUUACCGCUCGGUGGUGAGCUCAACAUGUUGACUUAUAUCUUCAUUGCUUCAAACGCGCGUUUUCUCUCGGUGGCUUUGUAUUUCCCAACGUUGGACAAAGACAAGGAAGAAGAGCACACAAUCAACAAGCAACCUAUGGUUAUGCCUGGAUGUGAACCGGUUCGGUUUGAGGAUACACUUGAAGGAUUCCUUGACCCCAACGACCAGCUCUACCGGGAAUUUGUUCCUCUUGGUUUAGUUUUCCCGACGGCUGAUGGUAUUAUUGUGAAUACAUGGGAUGAUAUGGAGCCUAAAACUCUGAAAUCUCUUCAAGACCCAAAGCUCAUGGGUCGAAUUGCUCGUGUACCGGUUUAUCCAAUCGGUCCUUUGUCCAGACCGGUUGAUACAUCUAAAACUAAUCACCCAAUUUUGGAUUGGUUAAACAAACAACCGGACAAGUCAGUACUUUACAUAUCAUUCGGGAGCGGCGGCUCUCUCUCGGCUAAAGAGCUAACCGAAUUGGCUUGGGGGCUAGAGAUGAGUCAGCAACGGUUCGUUUGGGUGGUCAGACCACCGGUGGACGGCAUCGCAGGGACUGCAUACUUGUCAGUGAAUAGUGGUGAAAUAAAAGAUGGUACCCCAGAUUAUUUACCGGAAGGUUUUGUUAGCAGGACCCAUGAAAGAGGUCUCGUGAUCUCUUCAUGGGCCCCGCAAGCCGAGAUCUUAGCCCACCAAGCAAUUGGUGGGUUUAUAACUCAUUGUGGCUGGAACUCGAUUCUUGAGAGCGUCGUUAGCGGCGUUCCAAUGAUCGCAUGGCCGCUUUUCGCAGAGCAGAAAAUGAACGCAACGUUGCUCAACGAGGAGCUUGGCAUAGCCCUCCGAUCGAAAAUACUACCGUCAGAGGGAGUGAUCGCUAGGGAGGAAAUCGAGGCGUUGGUGAGAAAGAUCAUGGUGGAGGAGGAAGGUUGCGAGAUGAGAAAGAAGGUGAAGAAACUGAAAGACACGGCUGUUGAGUCGCUAAGUUGCGACGGUGGUGAGUCGUUAUCGAGAAUCACUGAGGAGUGCAAGCAAUAUCGUUUGGAGCAGCAAGUAAGCUGCAUGGCACGUGGUGCCUAGGGAACGUUUACCGUUAAAAACGUAUACAUAUUUAAACUGCGUGUCGUUUUCACUGUUUUUGGAAUCUUGUAUGAUCAGUUUCCGAGUACUGCCACAUGCUUUCACGUGUUUAUUUUGUCAACGCCGUUUGCUGUUAGCCUGUUACUAAUGUAUUUACAUUGUUACAAAUAAAUAAAUAAAUAAUGAUGUUUAAUUUGUAUUA